AUGACUGCUCUUGCUGGCGAAAAAGGCUCAGCUUUCAACAAUAUUGAACCCACCCCUGAUACAGAUGAAUUCACUUCUGUAUAUGGUGAUUUUGAUGAUGCUAUGCUACAUGCAGUUAUGGACGACAUGGACAUGAACAUGAAUACGGGCAUGGAGGAGGAGACCGGGAUGUCGGUUGAGAGCUACAACAGAUGCAAUUUUCCACCGGUACAUGCCAAAGUCGAUCAAGAAUUGUGCACGCCAGCCUUGUCUCACAUAGCGGUGUUGAACACACCGGAAACAAAUGCACCGGCAGAACCGUCUGGCACACGCAAAUGCGGCCGGCCCAGAAAAUCGGACAGGGUGGAGUCAAGUGCCACUGCUGCUCUGGAGGGAGGCUCUGCAACUACAAAGCGGAAGCCGGGAAGGCCAAAAGGAAGUGGCCCCAAGCAGCAGGCUCGCAAAGCUGCCGAAGAAGCUGGUGAGAUACUUGAGGUGCCAAAACGACCCCCUGGCCGUCCGCGCAAACAUCCGCAACCGAGCAUCUGUGGAGUUCGCGUGGAGGUCAUUUCCGGUAAAAUCUCUGUUCCAGGGACAAGGGAGAACUCACUGCGACGUCACAUUGUCGACAAUACUGACAGCGGUGCAAGUCAAGCCCAACUGCGGCACUCUCCAUCAGUUGAAUGCUCUGCUACAGAUCCUCAAUGCCGCAGCACUGCCAGACCAGCCAUUGUACUGGAAAAUACAUCCCCUGCUGCACCGGCAAGCCCCCUCUCUAUGAGCCAUACCGAGUCACCGACUCAGCCUUUAAUCCGCCAUAUAAUUCCUGACGAGGACCCAACACAACCAGUGGAAACAGUGGAUGAUAGUGAGAGUGACGAGUACGCAGGAUUAGCAGGAGAUGGAGUCGGACGUGAGGAUGACGUGGGGGUUGACGAUGAUGUGGAUUCAGAUCCCCAUGAGGCUAAUGCAGGAAAUGCUGAGGGGAACCGAGAUCAUACGAGAACUCAGAAGUGUCAUGCACUGCCAUCGUGGCUAAUGGCUGAGUUCAAUGAAAGGGUCGAGGAUGCUGCCAAACGAGGGUCAGAUGGCCUUCCAAUUCUGUACCGUCAAGGCACAUUCUGA